AUGUACACAAUACCCGCGAUCAACAUGAUGGAAAUAUCAAGAGAAGAGCUGGAUGAGAUCUAUGCGUUUGCUGUGCAGCUGGGGCGACAGGCGGGCAAGAUGCUCAUGGAUGCUGCGCAAGUGCGGAUAGAGGGUGGGAAUGCGACAGGACAGGAUGAGCAUGUUCAGAAGGAGAAUGCUGUUGAUCUGGUUACCGAGACAGAUGAAGAUGUUGAAGCGUUUAUCAAGAAAGCGAUAGCUGACAAGUACCCUCAGCAUAAGUAUGUCCUUGACUACAAACUUACCCAGCUGCACACGUUAACAUUCAGUAGAUUCGUCGGCGAAGAAUCCUACAGCAAAGGCUCAUCUCGCGACUACCUAAUCGACAAUUCCCCAACAUGGUGCGUCGACCCGCUCGACGGAACCGUAAACUACAUCCACCUCUUUCCCAUGUUUUGCGUCAGCAUCGCCUUCAUCUACAAGUCCAAACCACUCAUUGGCGUCAUAUACGCACCGUUUACGAACCAAUUCUUCUCUUCCUGCGCCGGUCGUGGUGCCUUCUUCAACGAAACCCAACGUCUCCCACUCGUCCGCAAUCCCAUACCACCUAUGCCGGAGAAAGCGCCUAGCGGAUGUGUCUUUUCAUGUGAAUGGGGCAAAGAUAGGAGGGAUACGCCUGAUGGCAAUAUGCAUCGCAAGAUUGAGAGUUUUGUCAACAUGGCAGCUGAGAUUGGGGGAAGGCAGGGAAGAGGAGGUAUGGUACAUGGAGUCAGAAGUUUAGGGAGUGCGACACUAGAUCUGGCAUAUGUUGCUAUGGGCUCGUUUGACAUUUGGUGGGAGGGAGGCUGUUGGGAGUGGGAUGUCGCGGCGGGCAUUGCUAUAUUACAAGAAGCUGGAGGUUUAGUGACCACAGCAAAUCCACCAGAGGACUGGGCUGGCGCGCCUAUAGAGGAAGUGAGGUUGGGAAGCCGGUUAUAUUUGGCUAUCAGACCUGCGGGACCAUCACCCACGGAGACAGGUCGACAGAGUCAAGAGAGGACAGUCCGCGAGGUAUGGCGGCGGGUACGCAACCUAGACUACUCGCGGCCCGGAGCUUAG